AUGGCAUAUGGUCGUCAUUUCCAGAGCAUCAUGUGGCCGUUCCUCCUAGUGUGUCAGCUCGUCCUGAUUCUCCAGUCAGAGGCUCAGAGUCCCUGCCUCACCCACCCAACAUUCAGAGACCCGGACAGCUCUGAUAUCACAGUUGUGUGUGGCACAAACAGGAUGGAUUUGCUGAUUUUGCUGUGCCCCAUGUACUUCUAUGGAUACAAUGAAUCGACGGUGGCUCUUAAUGGUCAGUUCGGCAAACCUGAGUGCAGAGGAACCGCUGACUGGACCGUCGACCCACCUGUUGUGAAAUUCCAGUUCUACAUAACUGAACCGUACAUAUCUGUCUGCUCCAAUAAGCUGACGAUCACCCAAGAGAUUGGAUCUGGGCUGUUCUCAGACUUCUCUAGUGUUCAGUCUGUGAACAUCUCUGGAGCGGUCAAUACUCAGGAGUUGAAUGCUGGAACCAUCACCUACAAGCAGGAGAUGAAAUACCUCUUUUCCUGUAGAUACCCACUGCAGUACUUGGUCAACAACACGGAGAUCAGUGUAUCUGGAGUGAGUUUGGCAAUUAAAGACAAUAAUGGUAGUUUCAUCAGCACUCUGAGAAUGGUUCUUUUUGAGGACUACACAUAUACAACUCGUCUCUUCAUGCCUCCAACGGGUCUCAUGCUGAAAACCAGGGUUUUUGUGGAAGUCCGAGCAACUAAUCUCACAGAGAGGUUCAACGUUCUGUUGGAUCGAUGCUAUACAACCACAAGUCCUUACCCAGGAAACAACACAUCAUUUGACCUGUUUGUCGGAUGCAACCUUGAUCCACAAACCAUAAUGGGUGUGAAUGGAGAACAGCAGGUGGCACGCUUCUCGUUCGAGACUUUUCGCUUUGUGGAGCACAGAAACAGGACGGUGUCCACCUUUUAUCUGCACUGUGCCACCAGGCUCUGCGAGAGCUCUUUCUGUAGAUCCUUACGACAGAAUUGCACAACUUCCGGAAGGAAGCGGAGGGCCGUCCAGUCAGCUCAGGGAACCUCUGUGAGUGAUGUUGCCACAGUGAUCUCUGGGCCAAUCAUCACCAAAGUGGACGAACCGUUUGCACCUGUUGCUACAGUGUCUAAGAAACUGAAGCAGGAUGAGGUGGUGGUGGGCGUCUCUGUGGCAGCAGGGGUAUUCGGAGGCCUGUGCGUCAUCAUGCUGGCUGCGCUCAUCUACAAGAUCCGCAAGGACAAGUUCAAUGCAGACAAAUCAAGCUUCUUCCACUGA